ACCGUGUGUUUGAUAUGCAUAAUAAUGCUAAUAUAGAUGGAACUAAUAGAAGCAGAAUUGCAGUAUCAUCUGUAUCUAACUCAACGGGUAUACGUAGUAGCAGUACAAUCUCACGUAGAAGCAGCGAAGACUCUCUUGAGGAAGAGGGUCGGAGUCUCAGGGAUAUUCGAUAUGAACUUAAGGAUAUGGAGGAACGUUUUCGUAAGGCUAUGAUUACCAAUGCCCAGCUGGACAACGAGAGAGCGUCACAAUCAUAUCAAAUACAACUGUUGAAAGAUAAAUUAGAGGAAUUAGAAGAAACAAAGGCUCAAUUGAAUCGGGAACAUAAGGAUAAAUGUCGUGAAUUUGAGUCACUUAAGCGAAAUAAUGAGAAACUUCAGGAAGAGUUUAAGUUGGUUUUGGGUCAACUUCAAGAACGUGACAUACUUAUUGCUGAACAAGGAUUAGUUAUAAUUAUGAUAGAAAAUGAGGAUAGCACAGAUGCCAAACGCACUCUAGUCAGCUUAGACAAUGCUCAAUAUUUGGAAUCUGUUCAGGGCUCUUUAGAUGUGCGAUUGAGAAAGCUCAAAGAAGAGAAGAAUCAGCUUCAAUUAGAAGUACAGAAGAUGCACGAGAAAAUGUCAGAAGCGAAAACACAAGGUCGACGUUCAGGAUCACUUAAUGGACCGUUUGGGGAUGAUAUUGAAGAUAUACAGAGAGAAGCCAAUAAACAAGUCACUGAAUACCGAUAUAAAUUGCAAAAAGCUGAAGCUGAAAUAGCAACACUACAAUCUACAUUAGCAAGGUCGGAAACACAAGUUAUUCGUUAUAAAAGUACUGCUGAGGCUGCGGAAAAGGCUGAAGCGGAAUUAAAAAUCGAAAGAAGGAAAUUGCAGAGAGAGAAUCGAGAAACUAUGGAGAGAUUGGAAGAACUUGAGACAGCCAAUAAUCAUUUAUUGAAACGGAUGGAUAAACUUAAGAAUGCGAAAAGUGCACUAUUCAAGGAUAUAUGAUAUAGAAACAUCAACAUUUUUUACAGUUUGGACAAAUUUCUUGGGUUUUUUUUGUGGUAAACAAAAAAAAAUGUAAUGUUUAAAAGAUCGUUUUAAAACAGCGCUUUUAUUCUUAAUAUAAUAACUCAUUGAAUCUCAAAGAAAAUUUAAAUUCUGGGAAAAAUUUAUAUUACAUUAACAAGUGUUUGUCAUUUUUAAAAAUAAUUUUUUGUAUGUAAUUAUCCAAUAAUUUGUUAGAAAAUAUUUAUAUACGCAUUUUAAAUAAUUUUGAUUCGGCAAAUAUGUGCUGUAAUAAAUGAAACACCAGACAAUUCUAAUAUACUACAAAAAUAAUUUAUUUAUCAUUUUAUUAAUUUAGAUUUUUUUGUUUUUCAAUUUUGUAAGGUACAAUUGUAAACAUUAGUAAGAAUUUAACCAUAGAAAUAUUCAAAAUAUUACGAGUAAUGUAAUAUUUUUAGCAAUUCAUAUGAUAACAUCUUGCAUACCCAGAAACAUUUAAUGCGUUAUUGAUGUGGCCAAUUAUUAAAAUUAAGUAGGGUAUUACUAACUUUUUAUAUAUGUUCAAAAGUAAAUGAACCGUCGCGCCGUUUAAAAAUUGCAAAAAAUCACGAAAUAAAAAAAGAAUAAGCAAAUAGUAUCCACUAUUUUUUUUUGCAGAAAAAUAGUUUGAUGUUAUUUUUUUAUAAUAAUUUAUUAUUAUAGGAAAAACAUGAAAUUUGAAAAUACAAUUUUAUAAAGUC